AUUUUUGCUUUGUAUGGUAGGGAAGGUCAAAUGGACAAUCUCUUGAUUUGCAGCUCAUUUCAAAGUGGUAUUUGAAGAAAAACUAAAUCAGUUGUAUGAGUACUAAAGUUCUGUAAGACUGAUGCAAAAAUGCCUAAGGCAUCGAUAAACAAACCAAAAAUUGUAUAUCCUUCUGGUGUGAAGGAAAUCAAUACUGAUCUUAGCACAGAUGAUUUAGUGAGAAGGCUAAAGGAAUGUGCGCAAUCAUUCCAAAAUAUGAGCCAGGAGGAAGACAAUUCUGCCUACAUUCCACUUGCUAUGCUUUUAGCAGCCGACAGUUUUUUAGAGCAUCCCAGUAAAGAUGUCAAACUUCUGGUUGCCUGUUGUAUAGCUGAUGUGUUUAGAGUUUUUGCUCCAGAUGCUCCUUAUAAAGACCCAGAGCAUCUUAAGGCUAUUUUUUAUUUUUUUAUUGAACAACUCCAAGGCUUGGAAGAUCCUAAAGACACUAUUUUCAAGCGAUAUUUUUAUCUCCUAGAAAAUUUAGCUUGGGUUAAGACAUUUAAUAUUUGUAUAGAACUAGAAGAAAACCAACAGAUAUUUACGAAGUUAUUUCAACUCAUCUUUAGCAUUGUAAAUGAUAAUCACUCUACAAAAGUAAAGAAUUUUAUGCUCGACAUGAUGUGUCCUCUCAUUCUCGAAGCUGAUACCAUCUCACAACCAAUGUUGGACAUAAUAUUAGACCAAAUUGUUGAACCUAAAAAGACGAAGAAUCCGAAUUCAUACAAUUUAGCCCGAGACAUAUUGAAAAGAACUAAUGCCACUUUAGAACCAUACAUUCAAAAUUUUUUCAACAAUGCUCUGAUCCUUGGGAAAGUGGAUAGCAUACUUCUUGUCAAGCUAUAUGAUUUAAUUUAUGAGUUAAAUAUUAUUUGUCCCUCCAUGAUGGCAUUAGUACUUCCACAGUUGGAAUUCAAGUUGAAGAGCAAUGUAGAAAAAGAAAGAUUGGAUGUGACAAAGCUGCUAGCCAGAAUGUUUUCAGAUCGGAAUUCUGAUUUGGCAACCCUGAACAAGACUCUUUGGAGUUGUUUCCUAGGAAGGUUUAAUGAUAUCAGUUACCAUGUAAGAAUCAGAUGCGUCCAAUAUGCAAUGCACUUUCUACUGAAUCAUCCUGAGCUGAGAGCUGAUAUUACAGAGCAAUUACGGUUAAGGCAGCAUGAUCCAGAUGAAACUGUAAGAUAUGAAGUUGUGAUGGCAAUUAUCAGUGCUGCAAAAAAAGAUUUCAAUGCUAUCACUGAUGAUUUGUUGACUUUUGUAAAGGAGAGAACAUUAGACAAAAAGUUCAAAAUUCGUAGAGAAGCUCUUCUUGGAUUAGCUAUGCUUUAUAAGCAACAUAUGAGCAAUCCUGAACUACCAGAAUCCACAAAAGAAUGUAUUUCUUGGAUCAAGAACAAAGUGUUACAUGUUUAUUAUCAAACAGCAUUGGAAGAUAGGUUGCUGGUGGAACGCAUUCUUCAUACUUGUCUUGUUCCAUAUCAAAGUCCAUUGGAGGAAAGAAUGAAAAAAUUGUACCAGUUAUUCUGUUCUGUAGACGAUAAUGCUAUUAAGGCUUUUAAUGAAUUGUUGAAAUGUCAAAAUCAGGUAAGAAAUUAUGUAAAAGAUGUACUUGAAAUACUGUGCCAAACACCAAAACAAGAAGGAUACGAGAAAAAUUUGUCCAACAAAAUAAUGGUGUUAUCAAAAACUCUUCCUGAACCUAUUAAGUGUCAAGAAUAUUUGAAAAAGUUUUUUGGCAUGCUUCAAAAUUCCAACAGAUUACGAAGUUACAUGGAUACGAUUCUGAAAGGAUCUGCCACUUGCUCAGACAUAGAACUUAGUGUUAAAGAAGUGCUAAAAUCCCUAGGCUUGCCCGUUCAAACAAAUAGCUUUUAUAUGAUUGUAAAGCAGAUGUUGGAACGAGUUGCCCCUGUCAUGAUCGAUUUGGCCGGCAUCAAGCAGUUAAUACUGUACAUCAAAGAUUCUCUACUAGGACCGGGUGAUAUAGACAUUCAAUUAGGUUUAUUCAAUUCAGCAGAAAGAGGCCUUCACUUGUUACAGAUUUUAUCAUCAAUUUUUCCUGGAGCUUUCUGCAACAACUAUGUGUUUGAAGAACUGCUAAAUAUUCUCAGAGUAGAUGACGAAAAUGCAGUCGACCUCACCAUUCUGACUUUCUCUAAUAUAGGAUAUGUUCUUGAAGGCCAGUAUCCAAAUAUUUGUGGGCGAUUGCAGCCAAUGUUGGAACGAUUUAUUGAAAAUGGCACUGUUAAACAAGCAAAACAUGCUGUUGGUUGCCUAAAUGUCAUGGUAACAAAUAAAGAACGUGUAUUUGGACAAAUAAUUGAUCGUCUAAAAACAAGCUUGACACUCCAUUCCGAGUAUUUCCGCACUGCCCUGGUGUCUCUGGGUCACAUAGCUCUGCUCUGCCCAGAUUUGUUUGGAAUGCAGAUUAAGAGUAUCGUUUCCAAAGUUGUAGUCAAAGAUCUGUUAAUGGUUGAUUUUGAAAUAACAAGAGGAGACGACUCAAUGUGGAUUGAAUUUGAUAUGCUGCCUGAGGAAACAAAAGUAAAAGUGGAAGGCAUGAAAAUGAUUGUAAGGUGGCUUCUAGGUUUGAAAACUGCUACACAAUCUGCUGUUUCCACUUUACGACUUUUAACAACUUUGAUUUUGCACAGAGGAGAUUUAAUGGAAAAAGGACAUGUUUCCCCUGCAGAACGAUCGUGGUUGCGUUUGACUGCUGCUUUCUGCAUGCUGAAAUUAUGUCAAGAACCCAGUUACGUUGAGGUCAUUAGCCUUGAACAGUUUCAAGUUUUGGCUCUUGCAUUAAAUGAUGAAUGUUACGAAGUCCGUGACAGAUUUUCCCAAAAAUUGCAUAAAGCUCUGGUAGCCCUUAAACUUCCUCUAGAUUUUAUGGCUAUUUUCGCUCUCGGUGGAAUGGAAAAAACACGAGAGUUAAAAGCUCAAUUCAAGCAAUAUCUACUUGCGAAUAUUAAUAAAAGGAGAGAAUAUUUAAAACAGAACCCUCUCACAACAGCCAAAUUGUAUACAUAUUUGCCGGACUAUGUGCUUCCGUACGUUAUUCACCUUUUGGCUCACGAUCCUUCAUUUUCGAAGUAUGAUGAUAUUCCAACUUUGCUAAAGCUUAAAGAAUGCCUGUGGUUCGUGAUGGAACCCCUCAUGAAGCAUGAAAAUUACAGCUUUAGUUUCUUCAAGCGUUUACUGGAAUCUAUUAAGCAAACAAAAGAUAAGCAAGCUCCAAAUGAUGACAUCAUGAAUCUAAAACUUUAUGCUGUUUGCGAUCUUGCCUUGAGCCUUGUGAUAUCGAAAACGACAAAUUUUGUGGUAAAAGAAUAUCCUGUGGAAGCUACUUUACCUCCUCAUCUUUAUACAGAACAAGAUAAGUCUUACUGCAAUUUGAAGACAUAUUUACCUGCAGAAUUAAUCGUCAAUCCACCAAAGAAAUCUGGAUUAGAGUUGGAGAUGCUCUUUGCAAACGCCCGAACCAAUGCCACCCGAAAAGGAGGAAAUGAGGGCACCGAAGGCGAUGCUCAACAGGGGAGCAAUCAAGAAGAAUUUGAAACGGAUGAUCCGCAAGAAAAUGCAAAUCAAAACGAAGAUGGGAAUUUACAAAAUCAUACAACAGACGCUUUGAGUUUGCCGAUCGAGAACAACCAGCACUUGACCAACAUGGACGCCAGGAGUUCGCCUUCAUUUUCCAGGGGUUCGACCUUGAAACGCCCUCGCGGCAGGCCCCGGAAGGUGUACCCCACUUCUACGCCCCCCUCCUACGCGAAUCAGAAUGCAUCAGCCGACAGCGAAAUCUGCGAGAACACCCCACCUAACUCUGUAGAUAGCAAAAAAGCGCAACAGGCCACCAUUGCGGUGGGGGCAGAGAUUGAUCCCGAAAUAAAGAGACAAAAACUGGAGGAGGACAUCACGGAGACAGAACGAAAGUACAAGGAGUACUGGGACAAGCACUGUCCCGCCGGAAUGGAGGACAGACCUCCCGGCCAACCCCCGGACAACUGCCAGAACAAUGACGAGGACAGACAGACGGAACAGAGUAGUCAUCGGUAAGAUGUGGCAGAGGAAGGAAGGUAUUUAAGAAGUUGAAUCCUGUACCGGGUUUUGUACUGGUUUUCAUUUAAAACUACGAUUUAUUCUGAAGAAAUAAAUCCCUUUUCUUCGACCUUAUCAUUUUUGAACUGUUCCCAAUGAAUUAAAAGACAUCUGUGAAUAUUAUAGCAGUGUGUUCGUUGUUCAUGUUUCAUCAGACUUUAGAAUAAAAAAACUAUUUUAAACAAUGUCAAUAAAAAAAAG